AUGCGCCUCGUGAGAAAUGCAAAACCGGUUCAUUUUGUGAUGAUUGGCGGAGUGGUUGGAGGAUUCUACGUCUACAAUACCGAGACAGUCGAGAUGACCGGUCGGCGGCGAUUCAACUGCGUUUCCCUCAACCAAGAACUCAAAAUGGGACAGGAGAGCUAUCAUGAGGUGCUGCAGCAGAGUCGGGGACACAUACUUCCAGAAUCUCAUCCAGUCACUAUCAUGGUGAACCGUGUUCUUCGGCGCCUGAUUCCCCAAGCGCCAAUCCAUGAUGCUGAUUGGAAGGUUCAUGUAAUCCACGAUGAUAACAUGAAGAACGCAUUCGUCCUUCCAGGUGGAAAGGUCUUCGUAUAUACUGGGAUACUGCCCAUCUGCAAGGAUGAGGAUGGGUUAGCAGCAGUUCUUGGGCACGAGAUUGCGCAUGUGGUAGCUCGUCACCAUGCCGAGCGCAUGAGCAAUAACUUCAUUACCAUGGGAGUUGUAUUCCUUACAGCUUUUCUUUUCGACGUCUCCGGACAGAUACCGGGUUUACUUCUCAAUCUGAUGUACAGCUUACCAAACUCUAGGGUCCAAGAGGCGGAAGCUGACAACAUCGGCUUGAUGAUGAUGUCGAAAGCUUGCUUUAACCCCGAAGCGGCCGUUGGACUCUGGGAACGCAUGCACAAAGCAGAACAGAUGGCGCCUCCCCAAUUCAUGUCGACGCACCCAAGUAGUUAUAACCGCAUGGAGGCUAUCCAGGGAUGGUUGGAUAAGGCCCAUGCUGUCUAUGAGGACAGCGGCUGCUUCUCACUCGGAAACUAUAUGCCAGGAUUCCGACAGGCACGCGAUGACUUUACCUGGUAG